CGGCGAGCGGCGUCCUCCGGGCAGCGCGGGAGAGGGGCUGGGGGCGGGGCCGGCCUGCUCGGCGCUGCUCGGCGCUCUGCGCCCACAGGAGGAAGUAACCGGGAAACAAUCGACAUCAGGGAAGUGACUCUUGAAAGCAAAGAGUCCGACUCAAAGGACCAAAGGACCGACCUUCGAGGAUGCGUCCAUUCCCCCACUUGCUCGAGGAGUAGGCAAGACCCGCAGCAGGAGUCCCUGCAGAGGAGAAAUUGGACGCUCGUCGGCUCCAGAAGCACCUAUGGAUUAUGGCAGGAAAAGUGAAAUGGGUCACUGAUAUCGAGAAGUCGGUGCUGAUAAAUAACUUUGAAAAGAGAGGAUGGAUCCAAGUGACAGAAAACGAGGAUUGGAACUUUUACUGGAUGAGUGUGCAAACCAUCCGAAAUGUGUUUAGCGUGGAAACGGGCUAUCGGCUCUCCGACGAUCAGAUCGUCAACCAUUUCCCGAACCACUAUGAACUGACCCGGAAGGAUCUGAUGGUGAAGAAUAUUAAAAGAUACAGGAAGGAGCUGGAGAAAGAAGGGAGUCCUCUGGCAGAAAAAGAUGAAAACGGGAAAUACCUCUAUCUGGACUUCGUUCCGGUCACCUACAUGCUGCCUGCGGACUACAACCUGUUCGUGGAGGAGUUCAGGAAAAGCCCCUCCAGCACCUGGAUCAUGAAGCCUUGUGGCAAAGCCCAGGGCAAGGGCAUCUUUCUGAUCAACAAGCUCUCGCAGAUCAAAAAGUGGUCCCGGGACAGCAAAACAUCUUCGUUUGUGGCCCAGCCCAGUAAGGAGGCCUACGUGAUCUCCCUGUACAUUAACAACCCGCUGCUGAUCGGCGGCAGGAAGUUUGACCUGCGCUUAUACGUGCUGGUGUCGACGUAUCGCCCGCUGCGCUGUUACAUGUACAAACUUGGGUUCUGCCGCUUCUGCACGGUGAAGUACACGCCCAGCACCAGCGAGCUGGACAACAUGUUUGUUCAUCUCACCAACGUCGCCAUCCAGAAGCACGGGGAGGACUACAACCACAUCCACGGGGGCAAGUGGACGGUGAGCAACCUGCGGCUGUACUUGGAGAGCACCCGGGGCAAGGAGGUGACCGGCAAGCUGUUCGACGAGAUCCACUGGAUCAUCGUGCAGUCGCUGAAGGCCGUGGCGCCGGUGAUGAACAACGACAAGCACUGCUUCGAGUGCUACGGCUACGACAUCAUCAUCGACGACAAGCUGAAGCCCUGGCUGAUUGAGGUGAACGCGUCCCCGUCCCUCACUUCCAGCACCGCCAAUGACCGAAUCCUUAAGUAUAACCUGAUCAAUGACACCCUCAAUAUCGCGGUCCCUAACGGUGAGAUUCCCGACUGCAAAUGGAACAAGUCCCCCCCGAAGGAAGUUCUCGGCAAUUACGAAAUUCUCUAUGAUGAGGAACUGGCGCAGGGCGAUGGGGCUGACCGCGAGCUGAGAAGUCGCCAGGGCCAGUCGCUGGGGCCCAGAGGGGGCCGAUCAAGAGACUUGGGGAGAACCGUCCUCACCACCUGGAAGUGACCACCCGGGAACACAGAAGACCACAGCCUGACCUUCCCAAAUGCUCCCCGCACCCGGGCCUAUUUUGAAAUUUCCUUUUUCUAGAGCUUUUUUCCUUUAUAAGCCCUGUAAAUAAAUAAAGGCACUUCUUCGGAAGGUUAAGAAGUGUCUGGCGAGGGAAGGAGGCCCUGCUUCUCCUUCGCUGUCACGCGACACUUUGGACCCCA